AUGGCUCCCGUUUCAACCGUGAAGCGCUGCAUCGUCAAGAAGCGCACGAAGCGCUUUAACCGUUUCCAGUCGGACAGAUAUAAACGCCUCAGUUCAUCAUGGAGGAAACCCAAAGGUAUUGACUGCCGCGUGCGCCGCAAGUUCAAGGGCACAAACCUGAUGCCCAACAUCGGCUAUGGGUCGAACAAGAGGACCCGCCACAUGCUGAGGAACGGCUUCUACAAGUUCCGCGUUCAGAAUGCCAAGGAUAUUGACAUGCUGCUGAUGCACAACACCAAAUUCGCAGCAGAAAUCGCCGCCGGAGUCAGCUCCAGAAAGAGAAGAGAAAUCAUCGAGAGGGCAGAACAGCUCAAUGUGCUCGUCCUCAACAAGUCCGCCAGGCUGAAUACAGCUGAGGACGAAUAA